UCCAAUCGUUUCUCCAAUAAUCUCCACGCCGUCGUCAUAGUUACGUGAUAUAGAUGUGUGUAACAUGUUGAUUCGAUCUAACGCAGACUUUACCCUUAUCGAGAUACUUGUUACUUGACAGUUUAAAUCUAUUAACUGCAUAUCAACGUAGAUAAAAUUAGCAAACCCUAUUAGCUCUACUAGAAAAACUUAUUCAUACGUUUUCUAAGAGUAGUAAUAUUGAACAAUGACGUAGAAUGCAGGAUCUUUUAGCUUCGGGUUGCUAAUGAUUAUUUGCGUUUAGAGAAAGUGCCUUUUGUACCCUCAAUAUGUUAACUUGAGUGAGUCAGGCUGAAAUGGCUGAGGAAAAGGAGACGUGUGAGGCUUCGAGCAAGAUAAAUGUAACAGCGGAGCACAAGGACUAUCCGUCGUCGAAAACGUCAAAGGCACCGGAAUUUGCGGAGAAGCAGAAUUUGAUAGAGGAGUCUUCGUGGACGAAAACUGUCCCGUAUAAGUACUGGCAUAGCUAUGUGAAGCCUACCGACAGAAUAGGCAGCAUCUUCACACCCGACACGCAUACGUAUCGAACCGAGACCUUGGCGAGACGCCGUGUCAGGCCUGCACGAUGGCAUCCUUUCGACGGCGUGCUCGUGAGUCCGCCUUGCACUUUCAUCGAACGACAUGACGAGGAAGUUAAACAAAGAGCCGCAGCCGCGGCCGAGAGGAUACGCGAACCUUUGCCGGAAAAUAUAGUGAGUCUGAGGGAUCUAGCGGACGACACGUGGUUGCGGAAGAAAAGCCAGAAGGCGAAAUUGAAAAAGGAGUUGUCUAUACGCAAGGGAAGGAUAACAAGGCGAAAGUUGGAUCGGAAGAGGGUACGUUACGUCGAGGCAGAAAUUCCGAAAUCUGUGGAAGAACAAUUAACCGAGCUAAUGGCGAUAGUUGAUAAGGAACAGAGAGUAAAACCUGAAGAUGUUGCUAAAGUAAUUUAUCUUAGAGAUUACUGCAUAAGCGAUCAUCACCUGCAGCCAUACGAUUACGUUAAUAUCGACGCCGCGAAGAAGCGUAUCAUUGGUGAAUUACAAGCACGUGAAGACUUUGACGUUGUAACGAAAGAUUUGGAGCCGGAAAUAAUCGAUGACUACAAGCGAAGUCUUCGUGGCGCGAUAGUAAAUUAUAUCCUGAUGGAUUCCGAUGAACGGAAACGUUUAUCUAUUGAAACGGUCCCUAUCGAAUUCCCCAUUUUAUGCGUUCGCGCGCCAGUGCCCUGGCAUCAGUCCAAAGUCACGGCAAGUCAAACGAUGCGACACAAUCUUUUUAUCGGGAAUGAGAUCUUGCGAGACAUCCGAGACCUAUGGUUUAUAAAAUAUCGCCAUGUGAGAAUAAUUCAUAUGCAAGAUUUCGGCACGCUUCCCGUUCCGGCCGCGGAAAUUGAACCGAGAGUUGAUGAUCUGUGUGCCGCUGCCACCGACGUUCUCAUUAAGGAAUGGCUGGCCGACGUGGCGGAAAUCUUUCUCGAGAAGAAGUACGAUUGGUCGCAGUAUUUCGAAACGCAUCCCGAGGCGUCCACCGCGAUGAUCGAGAAGUACUUUCGCAGCGUCAAUUCUCUAUUGUCGAAGCAAUUGCGGAUCAUGAUUAUGAGCACGCUGGAAGACGUGAGGGACUUCUUCAUGCGAUACAAUGCUGGCAACGCGUUCGAAGGAGAUUACGAGGAUCUCAUGUUUCUCGAAACUCCUUUCAUAACAGUAAAUGUGGAAGCGGAACUCCGUACGACGAGAUUGCACUGCAGACCGAGCAUCCUAAAGUUGCAUACUAUGAUCUCGCGAUGUUUCGACAAGAUUAUCAAGGUGGGCACUACGAUACCCAAGAUUGAAACCAUUUUGUUUCCGGAACUGAAGGACGCUGGUCACUUAUUUCCCAUUUCGCGAUUCGAAGAUACGGUAUUGAACAUCAUCAGCGAUGUCAUGGACGUGAUUUUGAAGCAUAUAACUGGUCCCGAUAAUUACCUCAAAUUCUAUCGGAAUUUACUGUAUAUUACAAGCGGAGUAGCCGAGGAAAAAUUAGACAGUUUCUUUAAACUCGAGCCGCAACCGUUGUUGCGAGAGUUCGAGCAUCAGAUAAAGGCAUACGACGCUCUGCGAAAAGAGAUUGCGAAAUCAUUUCGAUGUAAAAUCCCGUUGAACAUGAUCGAGAUCGAUUGCAGUACUGUGAACGAUACAAUGAGAGAAAUUCUACACGCGCUUCGAAGUAGAAUAUGCAAUUUCUUUGCGGACGAGUUACGAGCCAACAAUCGCGAUUUAUGCUCGAUUUUCGUUGAGAUUGCGGAGACCAUUUCGAAGAUGCCGGAAACGACGCAGCAGCUUGUCGAGCUGUACAACUACCUGUGCGAGAGCCGCGACACGACGAUGUUUAAUCUGAGGAGACGAUUAGCUCGCUCGGUCGAGCUGACGUUGUUUCUGUUCGAUCAUCAGCCGCUCUCGGACGAGGACAUCUACUUGAAUUCGCGCGCCAUCACCUGGCCGAAGGAGAUGGAGGUCGUGAUGGAAUUGGCGAGCAACAGAUUGAAUAUGAGAAAGGACUUCCUGGAGACGGUGCUUCGUACGAGACGCGACAACUUCGAGAAGAAGAUAAUUACGGUGCAACAGGCGAUCGAGCAAUUCAAGCGAAAGGACCCGCCGGUUCUCACGAUGGAGGAAAUGGAACAGGCUGCGGAGGAAAUCGAGCACAUUUCCGCAACCAUGGUGCAGAUCCGUAGGGAGGCCGAGGAGAUCAACGAGGAGGAGGGACUGCUGGACUUGGACCUGAGCCCGCACGUGGAGCUGCCGGCUAUGUCCAGCACGGUGGACACCUUCUACAAACUCUGGCACACUGCUUUGGAGUUCCAUCGAAAUUACGACAAGUGGUACUACGGCCCGUUCGUGGGCCUGGACGCCGAGCAGGUGCGCGAGGAGACCGAGGACACGUGGCGGAUUCUGUACAAGUUGUCGCGCAUACUGACGGAAGUGCCAGGCGCGAGGCGCGUCGCCGAUAUGGUGCGCGUCAAGGUUGAGAAGUUCCGGCAAUUCGUUCCAGUGUUGCAAACCAUCUGUACACCGGGUCUGCAAGCUCGACACUGGGAGGCGAUUAGUAAGAUCGUCGAAGUGCCGAUAGUAGUAACGGCCACGAGCAAUCUGUCGGAGAUGAUCGAAUACGGUCUACCCGCUUUCAUCGCCAAGCUGGAAGAGAUCGCCUCGGCGGCCUCGAAGGAGUACACUUUGCAGCGGAAUCUGCAGAAGAUGAAGGAGGAAUGGGAGGAGAUGUUCUUCGAUUUGAUUCCUUAUCGUGAGACCGGGGUGUACAUAUUAUCCGCCGUGGACGACAUACAGAUGCUGCUGGACGAUCACAUUCUCAAGGCGCAGACUAUGCGCGGCUCGCCCUUCGUGAAGGCAUUCGAGCGGGAUAUGCAGAAGUGGGAGGAGAAGCUGAUAAUGAUGCAGGACAUCAUCGAUCAGUGGCUGCUCUGCCAGGCCACUUGGAUGUAUCUGGAGCCGAUAUUCAGUAGCGAGGACAUCGUGCGCCAGAUGCCGACUGAAUCGAAAAACUUCCGUAGAAUCGACAAGAUUUGGCGGAAUAUUAUGUCGUACGUCUUCGCCAACAGGCGGGUGAUCGACGCCACGGCGAUGCCGAACAUGCUGCAGGAACUCAAGCUGUGCAACUCGCUCCUGGAGGAGAUUCAGAAGGGUCUGAAUGAGUAUCUGGAGAAGAAGCGUCUGUUCUUCCCGCGAUUCUUCUUCCUGUCGAACGACGAACUCCUGGAGAUCCUGUCCGAGACCAAGGAUCCGCAGCGAGUACAACCGCAUCUGCGGAAGUGUUUCGAAGGUAUCAGUAAGCUCCGUUUCACCAAGGACGAGGAGAUCAUUGGCAUGCUGUCGGCCGAGGAAGAGUAUGUGCCUCUGAGCGGCAAGAUUUAUCCGGCCGAGGCGAAGGGUAUGGUCGAGAGGUGGUUGUGCCAAGUGGAAGAUCUCAUGGUGAUAUCGCUACGCGACGUCGCCGAGCAGAGUAUAAUAGCGUACUUCGAUGCUAUGCGCGAGGAUUGGGUGCUCUCGUGGCCCGGUCAGAUCGUCAUUUGCAGCAGCCAGAUACACUGGACCAACGAGGUUUACGAGUCCUUCGAGGAACGGUCCACGGCGAUCUACUUACGCAAGUGCACCGAUAAAAUAGAGGACAUCGUGGCGCUUGUACGCGGCAAAUUGGAACCCGGCGCUCGGAUAACGUUGAACGCUCUGAUAGUAAUAGACGUGCACGCCCGGGACGUGGUGAAGCUGUUGGUCGACAAGAAGGUUGACAAUCCUUCAGAUUUCAACUGGAUAGCGCAGCUUCGCUACUACUGGCUGGACGACUGCAUCACCGUCUCCAUGAUCACGACCAACAUCAUGUACGCCUUCGAGUAUCUCGGCAAUACGCCCCGAUUGGUGAUAACGCCGCUGACAGAUCGAUGCUACAGAACCUUGAUGGGCGCGCUGAAGUUGAAUCUAGGUGGCUCGCCGGAGGGGCCGGCGGGCACCGGCAAGACAGAAACCGCCAAGGAUCUUGCGAAGGCCGUAGCCAAGCAGUGCGUGGUAUUCAACUGUUCCGAGGGACUCGAUUACAAAGCGAUGGGCAAGUUCUUCAAGGGUGUCGCGCAAGCGGGAGCCUGGGCGUGCUUCGACGAGUUCAACAGGAUCGAGGUGGAAGUGCUGUCCGUGAUCGCGCAGCAGAUACUGUCGAUACAGAUGGCCAUAAGCAUGAAGCUCGAAAAGUUCAUUUUCGAGGGCACCGAGUUGAAGUUGAAUCCUACCUGCAACGUCAUCAUAACUAUGAACCCGGGCUACGCCGGUCGGCAGGAACUGCCGGACAAUCUGAAAGUGCUGUUCCGAACGGUAGCGAUGAUGGUGCCGGACUACGCCAUGAUCGGCGAGAUCACCCUGUACUCGUACGGCUUCACGGACGCCAAGAAUCUCGCGGAGAAGAUAGUUCACACCUACAAACUGUGCUCCGAACAGUUGAGCUCUCAGAAGCACUACGAUUACGGGAUGCGCGCGGUCAAGACCGUGCUGAUCGCGGCCGGCAAUCUGAAGCUCAAAUUUCCGAAGCGCAACGAGCACAUCGUGGUCCUCCGCGCCAUCGUGGACGUUAAUCUGCCCAAGUUCCUGUCCGAGGACGUUUCUCUCUUCAACGGCAUCUACACGGAUCUUUUCCCGGAUGUGUACCUGCCUCCGCCGGAACGUGCCGAACUGGUGAAUCUGCUGAGGAAGAAUCUGGAGAAGCGGAACCUCCAGGCUACCGAUUGGUACAUGGAGAAGAUCGUGCAGGUCUACGAGAUGUUGCUCGUGCGACACGGCCUGAUGAUCGUCGGCACCGCUCUGGGCGGGAAGACUCAGGCCUAUCAGGCGCUGGCCGAUUCCCUGGGCGAUUUGUCGGGCAUGCGUAGAGCCACGAUGCGGGAAUACCGGACGAUUUAUCGAGUGAUCAAUCCCAAGUCCAUGCCGCUGGGUCUCCUGUACGGCAGCUUUGAUCCGGUCUCGCACGAGUGGAGCGACGGCGUGCUGGCCAAUACAUUUCGCGAGUUCGCGCAGUCUAUUUCGCUCGAACGCAAGUGGCUUGUGUUCGACGGGCCGGUGGAUGCAAUCUGGAUCGAGAGCAUGAACACCGUGCUGGACGACAACAAGAAGCUCUGCCUGAUGUCCGGUGAGAUUAUACAGAUGUCCGGGAAGAUGAAUUUGUUCUUCGAACCGGCCGACCUCGACCACGCCUCGCCGGCCACUGUCAGCAGAUGCGGCAUGAUUUAUAUGGAGCCCUCUCAGUUGGGCUGGCAGCCAAUCUUUGAAUCUUACAAGAAGCAUCUUCAGGAGAAAUUGUUGCUCGAGCAAUACGAGCUCAUUGUCGAGUUGGUCGAAUGGCUUACCGAGCCGAUAUUGCGAUUUAUUCGACACAAUUGCAAGACUUUUAUAGACACAUCGGAGAUACAUAUGUUCUUAUCUUUCACGAGAGUAUUCACCAUGAUGUUGGCAGAGGAGACGCAAGUGAGUACAGUGUGGCUUCAAUGCGUAUUAUUAUUCAGCCUAGUUUGGGGCAUUUGUUCAACAUUAACGAGCGACAGCAGAAGAACCUUCGAUGUGUACCUGCGAAAAUUAUUACUUGGUAACAUCGAGGAAUAUCCUAAGCCGAAGAUGUUUAAAUUGACGAAGCAACAAAUCUUUCCCGAAAAAGGUACUAUAUAUGAUUGGAUUUACGACAAGAGGAACAACGGAACCUGGAUAUCUUGGAUGGAUACUAUGCAUCAGGCGCCUUUACCAGCGACGGCGAAAGCCAGUGAGCUGAUCAUUCAGACGAUGGAGACGUCCAUUCAGCAUUUUUUCAUUAAGCAAUUUAUGCACCGAUCCAUACCGCUUUUGUUCGUGGGUCCAACAGGCACCGGCAAAUCCGCGAUCAUCCUAAACUACCUUGAAUCACUGCCGAGGGAUAAAUUCUUGGAGAAUGUUAUAAACUUCAGCGCGCGUACGAACGCGCCGCAGACGCAGGAGAUAGUCAUGUCAAAGUUGGACAGAAGGAGGAAAGGAGUUUACGGUCCUGCCAUGGGGAAGAAGUGUGUGCUGUUUGUGGACGAUCUCAGCAUGCCGCAAGUCGAAAUCUAUGGCGCUCAACCGCCGAUAGAAUUGCUUCGUCAGUGGAUAGAUCACGGCUACUGGUUCGACCCGAAGGACACCUCGAUGCUGUAUCUGGUGGAUAUUUUGCUGAUCACCGCUAUGGUACCUCCUGGAGGCGGCUCCAAUGUCGUGACGUCGCGAUUCACUCGUCACAUGCACGUGAUCGGCAUCGAUUCUUUCGAACAUGCCACCAUGACGAAGAUCUUCUCGUCGAUCCUCGACUGGCACUUCGCGAAGGGCUUUGUCACGGAGAUUUCGCGACUGAGCAAGAUGGUGGUGAGCGCUACCAUGAAUGUGUUUCUCGACGCCAUCAAGAAUUUCCUGCCCACGCCAUCGAAGAGUCACUACAAGUUCAACUUGCGUGACUUCAGCCGCGUUAUCGGCGGCGUGCUUCUGGUGCCGGCCGCUAGAAUGAAGGAUCCCGACAAGCUCAUGAGAUUGUGGAUUCACGAAGUAUACCGAGUUUUCCACGACCGACUGAUAGACGACACCGAUCGCGAGACGCUGUUCGGCAUGGUGCGAUUCACGUGCUACGAUCAGCUGCGUCAGCCGCUUGAGAAGGUGCUCACCAAUCUGCUGAAGCCGGGUGAGAAGGCGAUCAAGAGCUCCCACAUUCGCGAUCUGUUCUUCGGGAAUUACAUCGAGCCCGACGCCGAUCCGAAGGUGUACGACGAGGUGACGGAUCUGGAGGAUCUUCAGGAGAAAAUGGAUUACUAUUUGGCCGAGUACAACGCGGUUUCGCAGACGCCGAUGAAUCUGGUGCUGUUUCGUUACGCCAUCGAGCACGUUUCUCGCGUUUCCCGAGUAUUGUUACAGGAUAACGGUCACGCCCUACUCGUCGGAAUCGGCGGUUCCGGUCGUAACUCUUGUGCCAAACUGGCGACCAGCAUGUGCGAGUACCAGAUAUAUCAGAUCGAGAUUACCAGGACCUACGGACCGGUUGAGUGGCGUGAGGACCUGAAGAAAUUAUUGCUGCGCGUCGGCUGUGACGGCAAACCCACUGUUUUCAUUUUCGGCGACCAUCAGAUCGCGGACGAGUCCUUUAUCGAGGACAUCAACAUGAUCUUGAAUACCGCGGACGUGCCGAACUUGUACGCGUUGGACGAGAAGGCGGAGAUACUGGACAAGAUGAUGACCAUCGCGCGAGACGUGGGCGGCGGCAAAAAAGUGGAAAUAACGCCGAUGGUGCUCUACAAUCUCUUCAUCGAGAGGAUUAAAAAGAAUCUUCACAUAGUCCUGGCGAUGUCGCCAAUAGGCGACACCUUCCGCAAUCGUCUCAGGAUGUUCCCGUCGCUUAUCAACUGUUGCACCAUCGACUGGUUCACACUCUGGCCCGAAGACGCCCUUGAGAAAGUAGCCAGGAUGUCGUUGAGAGAUCUCGAUAUCGGCUCGGAACUGCGAGAGAAAUGCGUGCAGAUGUGCAAACAAUUCCACACGAGUGUCUCCGUGACGAGCGAAGAUUAUUAUUUGACUUACGGUAGACGAUAUUACGUCACACCCACGAGUUUCCUGCAGCUAAUCAAAUCACUGUACAGAUUGUAUGGACAGAAAAUCGAGCAGAUUAUCAUGCAGCAAAAUCGAUACGAAACCGGCCUGGAGAUGCUGGACUUCGCCGCCGGCCAAGUAGCGAUCAUGCAGAACGAGUUGCAUCAGUUACAGCCGAAGUUAUUGGCACAGUCGCAGUUGAGCGACAAGCUGAUGAUCCGAAUCGAACAGGACACUGUCAAUGUGGAGGCAAAGAAGGAGAUCGUGGCGGCUGACGAGGCCUUGGCGAACGAAGCAGCUGCGGCGGCUCAGGCAAUCAAGGAUGACUGCGAGAGCGAUUUGGCGGAGGCUACCCCGGCGCUGGAAGCCGCCCUGGGGGCACUGGACACCCUGAAGCCGGCAGACAUCACGAUCGUAAAAUCGAUGAAGAGUCCGCCGGCCGGCGUUAGACUGGUGAUGGAGGCGGUCUGCGUGUUGAAAGGUAUAAAGCCAGACGGUGACGACUACUGGCCCGCGUCCAUCAAGGUGCUAGGUGAAAUGAAAUUCCUGGAGAACUUGAAAAAUUUCGACAAGGACAACAUACCGCCCGCGUACAUGAAGCGUAUUCGCGAGAGGUUCAUAAACGACCGGAGCUUCCAACCGGAUGCGAUCAAGAAGGUGUCCACCGCGUGCGAGGGCCUCUGCAAGUGGGUGCGCGCCAUGGAGGUGUACGAUCGCGUGAUCAAGGUCGUGGCGCCGAAGAAGGCGAUGCUGGCGGAGGCGGAGGCCGAGUUGGCGGCGCAGAUGGAAAUGCUCAACGAGAAGCGGGCCCUGCUGCAGGAAGUGUCGCAGAAGCUGCAGUCCCUCAACGACGAGUUCGCCGAGUGUAUGCGCGAGAAGAAGAAGCUGGAGGACCAGAUCGACUAUUGCAGGCAGAAGUUGGAUAGGGCCGAGAAAUUGCUGGGCGGUCUGAGCGGCGAGAAGAUCAGAUGGAGCGAGACCGCCGGUAAACUGGGCGCCAGCCUGGGGAACGUGAUCGGAGACGUUUUGCUGUCGUCCGGAAUAGUGGCUUAUCUCGGGGCAUUCACGGUGGAAUACAGAAACAAGUUGAUCGAUGAGUGGCACGUUUCUUGCAUGCGAGCGGCCAUACCGUGCAGCACGAGGUUUAAUCUGCUCGAUACACUGGGCGAGCCGGUAGAAAUGAGGGCCUGGACCAUCCAAGGGCUGCCGGCCGACAAUUUCUCGAUGGAGAACGGUAUAAUUGUGAGGCACGCCGAUCGUUGGCCGCUCAUGAUCGAUCCGCAAAAUCAGGCGAACAAGUGGGUGAAAAACAUGGAGAAGCCGAACAAAUUAGCGGUGAUUAAACUCACGGAUCCCAAUUACGCGAGAGUGGUGGAGAUGAGCAUUCAACUGGGAACGCCGGUGCUGCUGGAGAACAUUCUGGAGGAGAUCGAUGCGAUCCUGGAGCCUGUGUUGCUGAAGAACGUAUACAAGCAGCGCGGAGUGUUAUACAUGAGGUUCGGUGAGAACGUGCUGGAGUACAAUCCGAAUUUUCGAUUCUACAUCACCACGCGUCUGCGAAAUCCGCAUUAUCUGCCUGAGAUCGCGGUAAAAGUGACUCUACUGAAUUUCAUGAUCACGCCGCAAGGUCUGCGGGAUCAGCUGUUGGGCAUAGUCGUGGCCAAGGAGCUGCCGACACUGGAAGAGAAGAAGAAUCAGCUGAUAGUGGAGGGCGCGAACAACAGGAGGAUCCUGAAGGAAAUCGAGGACAAGAUCUUGGAGGUUCUCACGACGUCCGAGGGUAACAUACUCGAGGAUGAGACCGCUAUCAGAAUACUCUCGACCUCGAAGAUGCUGUCAGAGGACAUUCAGGCGAAACAGGAGAUUGCAGUGAAGACCUCGGCGGAGAUAGACAAAGCUCGUGACGGUUACAAGCCCGUGUCGAAGCACGGCGCAGUUCUCUUCUUCUGUAUCUCUGAGUUGGCCAACAUCGACCCCAUGUAUCAGUACUCGCUACCGUGGUUUCUGCAUCUCUACGUCAUGGCGAUCGCCAGUAGCGAACAAUCAACAGACCUGGACACGCGAAUGAACAGUCUCAAUUCGUAUUUCACGGCGAGCAUCUACAGAAACGUGUGCCGUUCCCUUUUCGAAAAAGACAAGCUGAUAUUCUCUCUGGUCCUCUGCGUCGGUCUGCUACGCGCCGCUCAUAAACUGGAGGAGGAGCUCUGGGUGUUUUUAUUGACAGGUGGAGUAGCUCUCGACAAUCCUUAUCCCAAUCCUGAUCCCUCUUGGCUGACCGACAAAUCCUGGUCCGAGGUCGUGAGGGCUAGUCUCCUGCCGGGUCUUGGAAAAUUGAGAGAAUCCUUCCAGACCGACGUGUCGCAGUGGCAGGCGUAUUACGAUCUGCCGAAUCCGCAGGACUAUCCCUUCCCACCACCGUUCGAGCACGAGGGCGAGAGUCUGAAGAAGCUCGUGAUCCUGAGAUGCGUGAGGACCGACAAGCUGGCCGUCGCCGUCCAGGCGUACAUCAUCCACCAUAUGGGCACGUCUUUCGUGGAGCCGCCGCCGUUCGAUCUCCAGAGCUCGUACGACGACUCGAGCAACGUCACGCCUCUCAUCUUCGUGCUCUCGCCUGGAUCGGAUCCGAUGGCCGGGCUGAUCAAGUUCGCCGAGGACCGUGGAAUCUCGAAGAAGAAUCUCAUGACGAUAUCGCUGGGUCAGGGCCAGGGCCCGAUCGCGAUGGGCAUGAUCGAGCGCGGUAUCAAGAGCGGCGAGUGGGUCAUCCUGCAGAACUGCCACCUCGCCGUGUCGUGGAUGAAGGAGCUCGAUCGGAUAUGCGACGAGAUCAUCGUGCCCGAGAACACGCAUCGUGAUUUCCGUAUAUGGCUGACUAGCUAUCCGUCCAAAGGAUUUCCGGUGUCCAUACUGCAGAACGGCGUCAAGAUGACGAACGAACCGCCGAAGGGAUUGAAGAGCAAUUUGCUGCGGAGUUACCUGAACGAUCCCGUAUCGGAUCCCAUAUUUUACCGCGAGUGCACGAAGAUGGUGGAGUGGAGGAAAUUAUUGUUCUCUCUGUGUUUCUUCCACGCGGUGGUGCAAGAGAGACGGAAUUUCGGUCCGCUCGGCUGGAAUAUACCUUACGAGUUCAACGAGUCCGAUUUACGUAUCAGUAUUCUGCAAUUACAGCUAUUUUUAAAUGAUUACGAAGAAGUACCAUUCGACGCGCUCAUUUACCUAACAGGAGAGUGCAAUUACGGAGGCAGAGUGACCGACGAUAAAGACAGACGUCUGCUGAAUUCGCUGCUGAAGAAUUUUUAUAAUUUUGAAGUUAUUAUAAAAACAAAAUACUCGUUUUCCCCGAGUGGAAUUUAUCACAUACCGGAGGACACCGAUUAUGAAGGAUGCCUGAAGUACAUUCGCAGCUUACCGAUCAAUCAAAUGCCGGAAGUUUUUGGUUUGCAUGAGAACGCAGAUAUAGCGAAGGACAAUCGAGAAGCAAUGCAACUAUUGGCCGGUGCGCUUUUAACCCAGCCACAAAUCAGCGGAGUAGGUGUCGAGAAAGACACGGACGAAGUAGUUUUCGCUCUGGCCGGUGAGAUUCUGUCGAAGAUGCGGCCGCAAUUCGAUAUUGAAUACGUGUCGAACAAGUAUCCGGUGCUCUACAUGAACAGCAUGAACACGGUGUUGCGGCAGGAACUCGGUAAAUUCAACCUGCUCACGGAAGUCAUUAAGGAAACGUUGGACAACGUACGGAAGGCUAUUAGAGGACUGGUGCUGAUGUCACCGGAUUUGGAGAACGUCUAUUACAGCAUGAGCGUCGGCAAAGUGCCGCUCGCUUGGGACCGAAAAUCGUACCCCUCGCUGAAACCGCUCGGCAGUUACGUGAACGAUCUGCUGGCAAGAUUGCAGUUCCUGCAAGAUUGGAUCGAUCACGACGCGCCGAAAGUGUUUUGGAUAUCCGGUUUCUUCUUCACGCAGUCAUUUCUGACGGCGGUGCUGCAGAAUUACGCUCGCAUGCACAAGAUACCGAUCGACCGGCUGGACUUUCAAUUCGAUAUCACCCGAUUCGAGUCGAACGUCGACGCUGCGCCUUCCUAUGGAGUUUACACAAGCGGUCUCUUUUUGGAGGGAGCUCGAUGGAACCGAGAGACGAGAUUGCUGGACGAAUCUAAACCCAAGAUAAUGUUCGACGUGCUACCCGUUAUAUGGCUGAAACCCGGCGAAAAAGCUAAAUUCGUCAUAAAAGACGUUUACUAUUGUCCGGUGUACAGGACUAGUGCUAGACGCGGUGUAUUAGCUACCACUGGACAUUCUUCCAAUUUUAUAUUUUAUAUCCUGAUCCCGAUAGAUCUGGACGAGUCGCAUUGGAUUAAUCGAGGUGUAGCUGCCCUUUGUCAACUCGAUGAUUAAUAAAAAGCAAUAAAGUGUGAAUCAUCGAAGUGAUUUAUAUGUAAUGAUUCAUUCCACGAACAAACGAUAUAUUGAAAAAAAUCGACAAAGGACAUAUUUAAUGAAAUUAAUUACGUAGAAAUAUUUUAGUUAUUAAAGAAUCUUGCGGCAGACGGCCUUUUUACACGGUAAACGGCAGCCGCGUAUUUUUUCUAAGCUGUUAUGCAUAUAUAAGAUAUUCAAAACGUGUAAGUCAGGAAGAAAAAUUGCAGAAUCGGAAAAUCAAAACGUACAAAUAUUUUUACAAUAUUAUAAAUAUAUUUUGCUAACAACAAUCGCACACAU